AUCAGAGAGCACCACCGCAAAGUCCGGAAGGAGGCCAAGAAGCGCGGCCGCAAAAAGCCUAAGAAAGAUCCCGGUGUUCCCGGUGCCGCACCGUUUAAGGAAGAGCUUCUGCGGGAAGCGGAGCAGAGGAAGCAGAGGCUUGAAGAAUUAAAACAAAAGCAGAAGCUCAAGAGACAGAAGGAGCAUGAAAAGAGGAGGAAGCUUGAAGCUAAAAAGAAUGCAGACCAGAUUGGUGAAAAAGCAGGGGGAAAGGAAUCCUCUAGUAAAUCUAAAGCAAAGACUACCAAAGGGCUGGAUAAAAAUUCAAAGGAAUCAUUCUGCAGGGAGCUCAACAAGGUGAUUGAGGCCUCAGAUGUGGUUCUAGAGGUUCUAGAUGCAAGAGAUCCAAUGGGCUGCCGCUGUCCUCAACUGGAGCAAGCUGUAACUUGCUCUGGAGGAGACAAAAAGCUGCUCUUGGUUCUGAACAAGACUGAUUUAGUGCCAAAGGAGAACUUGGAGAAAUGGUUGAAUUAUUUGAACAAGGAAUUUCCAACGGUGGUUUUUAAAUCGGCAACAAUGAUAAAGGACAGGACUAUGCCAGAACUGUUCAUAAGACGACGUAGACGUGUUGAUUUAUCAAGAACCACUGAAUGUUUUGGAAGCAAAUGCCUUUUGAAACUUCUUCAAGAGCAUGGCAAGACUCAGAACAAACCCAUUCAGGUUGGGGUAGUAGGUUUCCCUAAUGUGGGGAAGAGCAGCAUAAUCAACAGUUUGAAAGGAGUUCGUGCUUGCAAUGUUGGCCUAGCAAGAGGUGUUACCAAGUCCAUGCAAAUUGUGCACGUUGAUAAACAGACAAAGAUGUUAGACAGCCCAAGUAUAAUUGCAGAUCCUUCCAACAGUGCCCUGGCUCUGGCCUUGAGAAGUAUCAUAGACAGUGAACAAUCAGACCCAGCAUAUCUGAUCAAAGGAGUAGAUGCCAUUCUAAAUCACUUCAACAAACAGCAGGUAAUACUGCACUAUAAUAUCCCCGAUUUCAGGGACACUGAAGAGUUUUUAAGUUUACUUGCUCAAAAAAGGGGUAUGCUGAAAAAGGGAGCUGUUCCUGACAUAGAGAAUCUAGCUAAAAUACUACUUUGUGACUGGACAGGAGCUAAAAUAAGCUACCACUCACAACCUCCAGGAUCUCAGAGUCCACCACCAUAUCUUACAGAAGACAAAAUAGCUGAAAUGCAGAAGUGCUUUAAUUUAAAGAACCUUGAAGAAGGAAACACCGCCACUGUUCAAGCUUUAAAAUGCCGCAGUCCAUCCAGCAGCAUCAUUUUCCAGUCAGCUGGUAUGGCAAAUGGGAUAAUAGAGGAAAGUAAAGUGUUAGAGGAAGCAUCGGAAUGGGAAAACAUGGACAUAUGCAAUGAGGGGGAGGAAGAAGAAGAGGAGGAUUUCACAGAAAGUGAUGAUUAUCAAGAUGAUGUGGAAGAAGAAGAAAAGAAUGUCGCCGAG